GAUUUUAAGCGGCUUCUGUCGGCAUUUUUACCGUUCCACCAUCUGGUAACACUGCCCAGGCCGAAAAGGAAUGGAUUUUCGAGAUCCAGAUAAAUUAAACUGGCGUUUGAAUCUGAGUAACAAUAACAAUAUCGUUAAACUCAGUGCGACGCGGUACCGCAGUUCUGAUGCGGCUGACGAGCAGUUCCCGGAGCUCUUACUCAGCCAAGUCAAUUGUGGGACCGGUGUAAAGACAAUGGGCACAAACCAAAAACGAGCAGCAACAACAUCAGCGCAGGCCGUAACCGUGGACGAGCAGGUCGAUGGAACUGGGGGAAAUGGCGAGGCUAAGACAGGAGAGUGCGAGGCAGAAACCAUGGCCGCAGAGAGUGGUGAUAAGCAGGAGGAAAGUGCUGCCUACUGCGAAAUGGACGAGGCAAGCUAUGGACUUGCAGCAGCUGAACUCUCAUCCUUUGAAGCCGCCGCUUGUGGCUAUAACUCUAGCCGCACCUCCAUAAACAAUUCGACGGAAAACCUAAGCUAUGCUAGUGAAAAUUUUUAUGGCGACGAUCUAAUUUUGCUGGACGACAACAACGAGAACGCAGAGGAGAUAUCUGUCAACUCUGACGACUGCGUCUACGCUUACUGUGGUGAAGGGGCUGAAUUGGACAUGAAGAUAAUCGCCACGGGCAGGGUAGGUAGGCAGCACUUUGACAUCGGCCGAGGACCAGUACAUGCUGUAGGAAGCGAUAGCCUCAUUUGCGUCGAAGAUGAGACCGAGUUCCUGGAAAUGGACUUCGAGCCAGACCCCUCAUCAGAGUUGGAACUUGUUGGCGGGCCCCAUCAUCUGGGCAUCCUGCCGCAGGCCAAUUUGUUGUUAAUGCAACGCGACUAUAGCCAAAUGACCAACGUAGGCGGAUCUACUUCCAGGCAAGAAGGGCAGCUGCACAGCUCGCCCAUAGAUGAUUUUCCGCAAGAAGAUCUAAUGCAGCAUCAAAAGCAGCUCCUUAGUAAGAAGUUCGCCCGUAUCAACUUGAAUUUAGAUAAAAUCAAAGACGUAGGUGUUGGUGGAGCUGCCGUGGACACAGAUUUAAAUGAACUAAUAGUUAUUGGCGCGGAAAAGCAAGUUAAAUCCUCCGGAAGCUUUCAGUCAAUGAAGUCUUCUCAGGCUCAUUCGUUGCCUAACCCAUUGCGCACAGGUUCGAAUUUUUCGCGCAGCACUAGUGUCCCCAGCGAACAUCCAGAGCCUAAGCUGACUGGUGCUAAGCCAAAGCGUUUUUUACACAACUCGUCUGUGAUGAAUAAAAGCUUGUCAUACAAGUCGCGGCGCUCUCGCCCUUCGACUAGCUUCGACGAACGUUGCUACAGCUGCACUGAUUUCCGGGCAAAAUCAUGCCAGCAGCAACUGUCAGGGUCGGGGACAAAGCAAGAUCAAGCGGUUCCUGCGACUAUUGUGACGUUGACCACGUCUUCUUCGUGCACGGACCAAUUUGACUUGGGAAUCAAGGAGGAAAGCUGCUUAGACUGUCUAGAAAAGGAGUUCUUGGCCAACACCAUCGGCAAAGCCCCAGACCCGGGCACAUGUUCUAAAUGCCGUAGAUCAGCUGGCAGUCGGGGCAGUAGUAUUUCGCUUUACGCGCUGUCGGACAAGGUGCGCUGUCGAAGCAGGUCCCCAGUAUGCUUCGAUGGGGGUCCGUUCGCCGACAGGUACAGCUUAUUAAUAACCGGAAUGGUUUCUGGUUCCAAUUUGGAACCACCCUGCAACCAAGGGUCUACUUCGUGUGAUAAUAGUUUCAACGGUCUACAGCUCCUCAAUCAAGCCUAUCUGACUGAGCCACUGGUGGCAAGUCUGUCUACAGGUAAGACGUGCGACGAGGAGCACCUAGUGCAAGCCCUAGAUAAACUGCGCGUGCCCUAUGACAGGGAGCUACUUCAUAGCUAUUUCAAGCAAUUGGACAAGCGGCGACGGACAGAAAGCAGUGUCAAUCUUAAGCAGCUACUGAUACAGGCCUCAAAACAGCAGGGAAACCAUCCCAAGCUCAAACGGCUGAUCGAGAUGGCUACCCAUCAACAGCUCAUUGUCCAAUUUAAAAGGAAAGCCGGAGGCAGAACUGAAUUUGUGCCUAUAAAUGUGAGGGACAUUCUUAAUGCCUGGGCACGUUGUCGAGAUCUUUCCCUCCUUCAGCAACUAGAUGGUCGCUUUCAUUGCGCAAACGUGAUGGGAAAGGUUGGGCACAUCGUGCGUCAGGCAACAGUUGCAGCAUCCACACAAGUACAGGCCGCUUCAACAACCUCCUUUUGUAAACGCAGCCUGCCUGAAUAUUUAAUGGUCCCGCAGUAUUACAUGAGUGGGGUGCUGAUCCUAACCCGCAAAUGUUAAGACGUACUUGCAUAACCACUUAAUUAUUUUCACACAAAAGCGGAUACACAUAAUCUCUCUAAAAAUGCUUAGACUAGUUAUAUUGAUUAAAUUUUGAGAUAAGUCAUCUUCCAUAUAAAUAAGGUGAUCGCACGGCCGUGACCCGUAUAUGUCGGGUUACCACCAGUCUCUCCGCUCUAAAAAAAGGAAAUAAAGAAACUCAAAAAAUCUCAAAAAUGUUAACCAUGUUUGCCAUAAUAUAAAUGUAUCAAUACAAAUAUAUCUGCCUCGCCUACCAACGGCUUACAUUAUAAUGCAUAUGUUUAGAAGCAUUGAAUAGAAACUACUGUAAUGCAUGUAUAUAUAAAUAUACUCUUUUGGAUAUAUGUAUUAAGUGGAAAAAAAACACAAAGUGUGCCGAUUGCUCAUAUACUUACUAACGUGCAUAUUCCAGCACAUGCCAAACCCUGUUUUGGAUACACACAAUUACUGUGAAAUUACUAGCACCUUCUUUAUAAUUUAUAAUGUCCUCAUGCUAUAAUUAAGAAUAUUAGGACUGUUUAAUGCUGUUUAUGAAGAAAAAAGAAAACAAAAUGGAAAAGACAUGAAACAAAACAAAAAAAUUUACGCAUAAUUAAAUUGAAAUUAAAUAUUUAUAAAUAUUAUUAAUUAUGUGCUACUUACUUGCAAAUUACAAGCACAAAUCUAAAAGCCACCGCUAAAUUUAUAAGGCACAACAAAACACUGAAGAUCUUGACGAUUAAAAAUUGAAAAUGCAACUGCACAGAAACGCAAAAAAACAUCAAAAAUGCUUCGCGCUCCUUUGUCCGCUUCUGUUGUUUUCCUAAUUUGGUUUUCGUAAGUACCGUUUGUUUAAAAUUUGAUUGCCCUCACAAUGACGAUUAAAAAUAUAGCGUCAGGCAAUAUUAGAAAACAUAAACGUAUUAUAUUUUAGAGAAAACAUUUUAUAUAUACUAUAUAUACAUAUAUAGAGAUAUAUAGAUAUAUGAUUUUGAUUUUUUUACCUAUACAUAUGUAUGAUAAAACACUUAUAUUAUUAUUUACAAUUUUUAAAUGAGGACGUUGUAAAAUUAAAUAAGAUACUUUUUCUGCAGAAACGGUGUAUGGGCAAAACAUGGUUUCGGCUUAUUCCCGAAAUUCACGAUUGUUAAUUGGAAAACUUCCGGUUUUGUAUUUCCUUUAUAUCCAAAAGAGUACAUCUAAUUGCCUUAUUUUUUGUGGAAACAAUAUUGUUUCGUUGUUUUGUAGAAAAACCACUUUGAAAAUCCCAGUAGGAAUUUCGGGAGGAAAACAAGUAUAUUUUUUGUAACGAACCGAGUUUUAAAGACUUUCUAGUCUUUGACCCUUACAACUAAACUUAAGCAGUUCUUUCUGUCUCUCCGUUCGCUCAAUAUAUGAUACUUUGACAUUCUGUUAUUAUUAAGUUCGUUUACAUACGCUUAUAAAAUGGUAAUAUUGUACCUAA